AGUUAUUAAAUUAAGUUAAUCAAUAAUAACAUUGCCAACCAUGAAAUUAGGCUAAUUACGUAAUCAGAUCGCGUGUAUUAGCUUGAAAACAAAGCAACCUCAGCUGUCAAAUGCGAUCAACAAAAAUGCAAUUGCAAUUAACAUAAUAAAUCUAUGUAACACAGUGAUCAAAGUUAACGUCGUAAUAGGUUAAACUUUAAAAAGCAUUGGACCGUGAAGAAAAAGGCAUUAAAUAAUAAGGUUAAUUAAAUAAAUGUCGCUGUUACGCUAAAUUGCAUUUUUUAUGCUAAUGACAAGCUAACACAACUAGCGCACCUGUUGAUAGUCAAUGGGAAAAGUCCGCAAACUCCGCUUUCAUUUUAGAGAUAAAUACAGACAAAUAUAUAUAGUAAUGGAGCUUUUAGAAAACAAAACGCACCAGUGAGCGGUUUCAGUUCCCUCUUAGCAGUUUGUUGUGAAGUGGACUGCUGGAAAAGGAGAAAUCGAUCUUUCUCCGGAAGACUCAGCUGCCACUGAGCUAACACUCUAGGCAUUUCGUUCAGAUAAACCUAACAUUUCGGUGCCGGUGCCCAAAACACCUGAGGACUCCAGCGGACGUUAAGAAUCCAGAAAGACCGUGACCACGGCCCUCUGCUACGAGGUGACAUACCCUUUCCGGGCUGGUUAUCUUCUCGCCGGUUGGAGUCUGACGGUUGACGGGGAACCGAGGGAGAAAGGCAACAGACUGUGAGUAGGCCUUUUGUUAAAAAGCGAGUGACUGGGGGUCAUUGCGCGUAGAGAAACCCUAUAAAUCCUAGGCUCUAAUAGGUGAAAGGGCGGCGGAGCCCCACUACUAGAUGUAAUUUGACAGGCUAGUGAGUAAAAGUCCGUUAAUACAGGAUGGCGGAGUCCUUCCAGGGUUAAAUUCCGUUGGCGCAGAGAAAAUAAGAAAAUAAAUAAAAAUUUAAAAACUGAAAAUAAUAAAAACUGAGUGUGAAUGGUUGUGUGAAUGGAAGAUAAUAACCACUAGGUUGUUGUCCUCAUACCAAUCGAUUGAGAAAGGAAAUAGUGAGUCUUUGUGGAUGUAGAGACAAGAUUUCUCCACCUUGACGGGUUGAAGUGAGAAAUACCACAAAGAUAAUUUAAUCACUAUCUCAAUCAAGAAAAGUUAAACCGGUUCUUAGAGACCUCCCCAGGAGUGAUAGGACUGGUCCAAAUUCUUUUAAUAUGGGUAACAAACAUUCUACAGGGAGACCUAGAGAUAGGUUGAAGUGUAAAGAUUAUAAAGUUCUUGAAAAUAAUGACAAGAGUAACGUUAAAUAUUUGGAUAAAUGGAUAACAAAAUACAAUUUUGAGGGGCGACUUAAUGUGUCAGACCUUGAGGCACUGCGCGCACAGAUUAAAGAAAGAACCAAAAAUAAUGAAAGGAAAAUGCGUAAAAAUGGCAUUAGAGAGUUAGACAAUUGGUUAGACACAGCCAGACUUAAAGAGAGCCGUCUGAAAAGAAAGCAGGAAAAUAAAGAAAUUCAAUCGAAAGCCGACACAAUGCUUUUCCAAAACAAAGACGACUAUGAGACAGUUGUUGCUAGUAGACGCCCACUACAACCACCUGCACAACAACUCCCACAUGAUAUGGCUACACCAGUGAAGGACAGCCCUGCUGCAAGCGCUGCAUUCCUUCCUCCGCCUUAUGCUACGGGGGGGCACGACACUUCAGACAAAACAUACCCUGACCUAGAGCCGCUUAUGUCUACGCAGGCAGGAGUCUCCACUCGCAGCGCGGCGACGAGACGAUAUCAGUGGUCCAAAACAAUGGGGGGAGGGUUAGAGGAACACUUUCCCACAGCACCUGAGCCAGAGGCCUCCACAUCGCAAGGCCAGACAGCGGUCACUAAAACUGACCUCUUCGAUAUGAUAGCUGUGGCCAACCCUCGAGCAGGUGACGAAAACCAGAGUGAGAUUAUAUUUGUAUACAGAACUUGGACAGCUGAGGAUGUAAAGAAGGCCGUAGAAGGCAUUACACCUUACAAAGACGAUGUAAAUCAGUUCUGUAUUGAAAUGGAGGCUCUCAGAGACUCCUAUAAAUUAAAUGGUCUUGAGACGCAGCAGGCCUGGAUGGCUGCGCUGGGCUUCAAUUGGAGCCAUGUCAGAGGUGACUGGGAUCCCUCAGGAACUGAUGGUAAAUCCCUAAAACAUGAUGCUCAGGACUUGACUGUCAGAGUACAAGCCCUGGCAGAGAGAACUAAAACUAGAUACAAGAAACUGGCUAAUUAUGGUGAAAUUUCCAGAACCAAACAAAAAGAAGAUGAAAAAUUUGAGGACUUCAAAAUUAGAAUGACCAAAGUGUUUAAAACUCACUCGGGAUUAGAAGAAAGUGAUGAUGUGCAGGGUCCGUAUCAACAACAGCUCAAAAACGCAUUACAUGCAGGUGUAACUGAAAGUAUUAGACAAUGGUUGGAUAAACACUUUUAUGGAAUGGCUAGUUCAACAUUAGAAGACUAUGUCAAUCAUGCUAUUCAUGCGGAGAAAGUUGUGAUAGAGAAGAACAAAAAGAAAGAUAAAGAAGUAAAGAUGUUCCUCAAGAAGGAUGGCUCAAUUUAUUAUAAAGGAGGAGCACAGAAUAAAAAAGGCAGAGGGGGUUUCCAACAUAGAGGGAGAGGUAGACGACGCUAUCACAAUCAAAUUGGCAGUCAGACCCAAUAUCCUAACACUCAGAGCACAAUAGUCUGCUGGUCCUGUGGCAAGUCAGGACAUAAGGCUAAGAACUGCAAGAAUAACUCGAGGAACACAAAUCAGGCUGUGCACGGGGGGGUCCCCAGUGAGUACAAGUUAGUGGAUCAAAUAGCCUCAGGCUUUGAAAGUUUCCCAAUUUUGCCCGCUAUAUUUCCAGUAACACCAAAUAAGAAUUAACUACAUCCAUUAUAAUGUUCAAAAACUAGGCAACUACACCCAGGCUGGAUUUGAGGCAGUGCAUGAGCAAUAAGCAGCAACUUCUCUGAUGGCGUUCCAAAAUCGUAUCGCAUUAGAUAUGCUCCUCGCUGAGAAAUCUGUGUGUGAGAUUUUUGGUGACCAGUGCUGCACCUUCAUCCCUAACAACACUGCAUCUGAUGGUAGCUUGACUAGGACCACUGAAGGCCUACGGACCCUUAACAAGCGCCUUAAAGAGCAGUCUGGUGUUGACCAGUCCAUGUGGGAUGACUGGAUGGAUGUAUUUGGAAAAUACAAGUCCACUGUGUCCUCUGCGCUGAUCUCCAUAGCCAUUUUCGCCGGUUUAUUGACGUUGUGUGGAUGUUGUUGUAUUCCCUGCAUCCGAGAAUUACUUAAUAGACUGAUCACCACUGCAAUUGCCCCAUAUCCUGACAAUAAGGCAGUGCAAGCACAUUUGUUGGCUGGUGAUGAUUCAUACAUUGGGGACUCCUCCUCCUUGGCUCUCACUUCUAUUUAAUCAUGACGCAGAAAUACACGACUAAAAUAACAUUACCUCCGAGUGUAAAUAUAUAAUUGCUCGACUAUGAAAUCAUAACUGAAAAUCGAAAGAAGUAGUUAUGAAUUGAUUCUUCUUUAGCAAAUAUAUAAUAAACAGGAGGGAAAUGUCAGAAUAAUUUUAUUAUCCCAUAUUUGCUAAAUACUUGUGUGAUAUUCUAGGCCUAUGAGUUAACCAUUUAUGUACUACAAUUCUUUGAUUUAUAAUGUA